AUGUUGUGCAAGCCCUUGAGCCUGGGCGUCGUCCUGGCCGCCGCCGGGUCCGCCCUGGCCGGCUUCAACCCCAACUCGCAGUCCAAUAUUGCAGUCUACUGGGGCCAGAACUCGGCCAACCAGGCCAGCACCCAGUCCCGGCUGUCGACCUACUGCAGCAACACACCCUUCAACAUCAUCCCGUUGGGAUUUCUCAACGUCAUUAAGAACCCGACUACGGUCAACUUUGCCAACGCCGGCGAUAACUGCACCGCCUUUGCCGGCAGCACUCUACUUUCCUGCCCCCAGCUCGAGGCGGACAUCAAGACCUGCCAGUCGGCCGGCAAGACUAUCCUUUUGUCCAUCGGCGGCGCCACGUACACCGAAGGCGGCUUCUCCUCGGCCAGCGAAGCACAGCAGUGGGCCUCGACCAUCUGGGCCAUGUUCGGCCCCCAACAGAGUGGCAGCACCGUCAAGCGGCCCUUCGGCUCGGCCGUGGUUGACGGCUUCGACUUUGACUUUGAGUCGCCCACCCAGAACAUGGCGCCCUUUGCCAACCGGCUGCGAUCACUGAUGGAUGCCGACCGUUCCAAGAAAUUCUACCUGUCGGCCGCGCCGCAGUGCGUCUACCCAGACGCCGCCGACCGUGACAUGCUGAUCGGGGCAGACGCCACGUAUUUCGACUUCCUGCUGAUCCAGUACUACAACAACGGCUGCGGUGCCUCCAGUUAUAUCCCGGGGGCCGCCACCCAGUGGAACUUCAACUUUGACGUCUGGAACAACUGGGCCACGCAGACAUCCAAGAACCCCAACGUCAAGCUGCUGCUCGGCAUCCCCGCCAACACGGGCGCCGGCGCCGGCUACGUGUCCGGGUCGCAGCUGCAGGCCGUCAUCUCGUACGUCAAGCAGUUCAGCAACUUUGGCGGCGUCAUGCUCUGGGACAUGAGCCAGCUGUACCGCAACCCGGGCUUCAUCAACGAGGUCGUGGCGGAUCUCGGUGGUACGGCUCCGCCUCCGCCGCCGCCUAGCUCGACGCUGAGCACGACGACGCGGCCCACCACAACCACGACGACGUCGUCCAGGACGACUGGGCCUACGCCGACGCCGACGGGAGGCCCGCUCGUGCCCCAGUGGGGUCAGUGUGGUGGCCAGGGCUGGACUGGGCCGACCGUCUGCCAGCCGCCUUACACAUGUGUUGCUGGCAGCACCUGGUGGUCCGACUGCCGGUGA